CUGCGUAGGAUCGGGAAGUAAGCGCAGCAACCGUUUCCGUGUAAAGGCAGCCAGGGGGACUGACAUGUCGGAUUUCACGAUCCAGCAUUAAUUCGGUAUGUCUGACAUCACCUUGGAAAACCGGACUUUGGAGGUGUCCGGGAUUCCUGAAAACUUUACGGACGAGUUUUUGACUUUGUACUUCGAAAAUAAAAGACGGUCAGGAGGAGGACCGCUUGUUUCUCUCCAAAAGAAUGGCAGUUGCGCUGUCCUCGUGUUUGAAGAAUCAGAAGCCGCUGAAAGGGUUUUGGCUAAAGGAAGCCAUACUGUGCAGAAUAAUACACUCUUUGUGGGGAAGAAAGCGCCGCAUGACCCCAAAAGAUUACUACUCCGCGGGAUAAAGCCUUGUACCAGCCUUGAAAUGGUGCAGUUGUAUGUGGAAAAUAUGACAGACGUAGACUCCAAUGAAUACACCGUAAUCCGUUCUCCCAAAGGAGACCUGGCGCUCAUUACCUUCCAAAAUCCACAAGAUUUUCAAAAUGUUUUUGUGAAGAUUAAAAUGAAGACUUUGGAUGGUGCCACCAUUCAUCCCGAACAAGUAGAUCAGACAGACUCCAUUUUGGUGCAAAACCUGGCUCCCAGUGUCUCAGAUGAUCUUCUCAAGCUUUAUUUUGAAAGCAAGCGUGGUGGUGAGACAGAAGUGAAGGAAGUUGUCAUGAUACAAGAUGGGAUGGCCAAACUGUCCUUUCAAGACUUAAACGGUGUGGAACGGGUCCUUGGGAAAUCCCACAAACUGGAAGAGCGGGACUUGAAGAUUCAGCCUUACUUUGAUUUUCUACAGACAGAAGAUCUUCCACUGACUCUCAGUCUCACGCAAACACAAAACACGGUUCUUGACUUGGCACAAAGUGACAGUCUUGGGCCUGCAGAAAAUGAUAUAGAAAAACAAACCCAGACCAGUCCUGUCACAGAUACACAUACCGACAUGCCUAUUCCUGAACAAGGAGUGGUUGAGGAGAUAGCAAAGGAUACUGUAGCUGAUAUGUUCUUCUCUGGUAUUACACUCCCUGACCCACUGAAACUCAGCCUAUUUAAAACAAGCAACUACCUCAAAGACCUCCAAAACUCACAUCAUGAUUAUGUGAUUAACAUUGUGGACAAUGUAGUGGAAAUUUCUGGGCCAAGCAAGCUGGGAACCGAGCGGCUGAAGAGCCAAAUUCUGGAGUUUUUCACUGGCUUUGCUCAGGCCUAUGUGACUCUUGAAAAGACAAAGGCAAUGUUUCUCUCAAGAGAAGAAGUCAAGGAUACAAUUCUGAAAAAUCUAAGACAACAGGGCCUAGCAUGCAUAUACAGUGUGACAGACUGCACGGUGAUGGUCUUGGCAUUGUCUCUGAGUAUGGUGGAGGAAGCUUGUGACAUUAUAAAGUCUUCCGUUUUUGAAUUUAGCGUAGCGGUCUCUUCCGACAUCGAGUGCAUGUUGUACUCGAAGGAGUGGCCGACGUUCAUGAAUUCCCUAGAGCUCUGUUCAGUGACGAUUCCCGAAAAAGGUGAGAAAAUUGACGUUUUGACAGUCAAAGGCAUGGAGGAUGAGAAAAGGAGUAAAAUUUUCGAGUUUCUCAAUACGUCGAUUCAGACGGAGGUUAUAAUCACUAUGGAGCCCGGUAGGCUACGAUACAUUCAAACCUACUAUGACCAGAUUCUCGCUGACAUGGACCAGGUCUCAAUCUUACCCUUGGAAUCAAAGGAUGUCUCUGGAUUUAGAAUACACGGGAACUGCAUGGCCUGCCAGGCAGCAGAAGAUCUCCUGCGUAGCAUCAUGACCUCUAUUCAGACCAAGACUAUCACGCUAAACCAGCCUGGAGUGGCUCGCUUCCUGGUCCAUGGGGAAGGAGUUGAAAUCCUGAAGGAAAUGGAGCAGAAAUUUGAGGUCCACAUCAGUUUGGACAAGGUUCACUGGGAGCCCUUGGAAAAUGAGGACAUCUUGGAAUCCGCAUGGAAAAUGAUGUCACAACAAAACUUUCAUAGAAAUUCCAGAAAUCAGGCUGAUGUUCCUGUUAAUGGCAUUAAUGCUGCUGAAGGAGGUAUUAUAGAAGAGGCUAAAAAGCUUGUCUCCAUUAUCCAUAUGGAUUCAGGUGCCACAGAUCAGAACAGCGCAGAGGAAUGUAACCCUACCACAAAUACUGAAGACCAGGCAGAAGAUGACGUAAGUGUAGAAGACAUGUUGCAGACCACAACAGGAGGAGAUGAUGAGACAGUGUUGGGCCAUACUGCCCAACUUUCUCUGGAUAGUUACCAUGACCUUGAGGAGGAUGCUAAACUCUGUCUGGCUAUACAACUCUCAAUGGAAAACGGCGCUAGACAGGCAGAAGCUGAAGAUGACGAACUGCAAAAGGUCUUAGAACUUUCCAGGAGGGAACAGGGUCCCACUGCAGAUUUCCAACUGGAGAGAGCUAUCUACAUGUCCCUUCAGGAUGCCAUUAUGGCAGCGAAUAAUGCUGAGAUUUUGGUGUUUGCACGUUACGGUCAUGAUCUUAUUAGGGUAGACAUUGCCCUUGGGAAGAAGGUUGACGUACGGCAGUGCAAGGAAAAAGUCGAGGACAAGUGCUUUAAGAAGCUGUGUGAACAUCAGACGAAAUGUAUAGACGUCCUUAGAAGAAAGCAUGCAGUUGACAUCCAUAUUCAAGGGACUACUGCCAUGAUCUCGGGAUUCAGGGAAUAUGUUCAGAGUGCAACUUCAGAGCUGAAGCAGCUGUUGAAGUGGAUUUCAAACACGUCAUCAGACUCCGAAAUUUUGCGCACUGUGCAGUGGGUGUGGCAUGAUGCCAAGUCACAGUCUGUACCGUACCCUGGCAACGCCAAUAUUUUCAUAGAGAAUUCCUGGCAAAUGAAGCUAAAGACGAUCGAUAUCAUAUUUGAUAAUCGGCCUUACAUGAUAAAUUUUGAGACAAUGCAUGAAUAUAGCAUUGCCUCAGGAAAAUCGGUUCCAAUCAGAAGAAAACUCCUCACAUCAGGAGAUAUGACUAUACCAGAGGAAGAGUACAGUCUUCUGUCAAAUAUGUCUGAAGCAUCCAGAGUUCAUGAGAACUCCAAUGAAUUCUCCGACGUUGUCAAAAACUUUUAUGAAACCAUCAGGGAAUACCACAACAAGAUCAAAAUCAUAAAGGUGGAAAAGAUUACAAAUAAUCUCCUACUCAGCCAGUACAAGUUGAAAAAGACCAGCGUUCUGGCGAGCUCCACUGAACCCGUGAUAGAGAGAACACUCUACCAUGGAACAGGGGAAAUGAGUGUGAAGGAGAUCUGCAUUCAUGGGUUCAACAGAAGCUUCUCAGGAAAAAAUGCUACUGUGUACGGCCAGGGGGUUUACUUUGCGGUAAAUUCGGCCGUCUCCGUCCAGGAUCAGUACUCACCCCCCAACGCUGAUGGCCACAAGUUUGUGUUUGUGACCAAAGUGCUGACAGGGGACUUCACCAAGGGGAACCAUGACAUGAAGACCACUCCUCUGAAAGAAGGCUCGGAGAUGCCCCUUAGAUACCACAGUGUGGUGGACCGUGUGGACUCUCCCACAAUAUUUGUCAUCUUCAAUGACACCCAAGCCUAUCCAGAGUACCUUAUCACAUGCCAGAAAAUCCACGGGUGAAAGAUUCAUUACGGCAACAUCACCAUGAUCCAACUCCCAACAACAUAAUUCCUUCAGAAAUAGGAGAGGGAGACAUACAGAAAUAAAGUGUGUUCGUUUACUCAUAGGAGGAUACUGGAAGGAACUUUUCCUUUUUUGAAUUUGGUCGUUCGGGAAUUAGUUCAAAAUCAAAUUCUGGAAUAUUAUGCCAAGUUUAAACACAUUUUUCACAAAUCAGCAUUUCUCUCCAUAAUCACAUGUUCUUGGUGCAAGCAGUCUAUCUCCUCCUUGGAAACAUGCGUUCUGUUUUUUCUGUACAUACUGUAUAGAUUAAUUCCCAUAAAUAAACAAGUGUUAUUUUAAAGCUGUAUGAAAGUUGCAGGUACUGGAUGGAGCACACACAUGUAUAUCAGUUGUCUUAGGAUACUGUAUUUUCAUUCUGUUUGAUGUUACUGUGAAAGCCUCCUUUGAAUUGAUAAGUGCUGAAUUAGUUGUCUUGGAUCUACCACAUUACAGAUGUCCUCCAGUAUGCAUCUUAUAUUUAAUCAAGACCGGCAAUAGAACUUCUUUCUUUUAUGUAAAGGUUUAUAUUUGAUCCAGGACGUAGCCCAGCCUUCUGCCCUGUGUUUCUUGGGAUAGGAUUUGUGAUCCUUUCUGAACCUUGACCAGGACAUGCACUUACAAGAUGAUCGCAUGCAUGGAUGACUGCUAAUAUUAACAUUUUUUUUUUAUGUGUUUACUUGAUUCUGUCCACUGUGUAAUUGUUGAGAAUACGGCUUCCUCUGUCUCUGACUGCCGAUUUUCUUUCAACACACUUGGGUGUAACAAUGAAUGGAAAAUUUAGAUUUUGUGGUUUUUGAGUACUCUUUAUUCAAAUAAAAAAUAUACACACAA